UAAUAGGGCCUUAAAAAAGGCUAAUAAGUCAGAUCAUGCAAAGUAAAGAAGGGAACAUUUCGGCCCAUUGUAAGAACAUCCAAAGGUAACCAUGGUGCGGGGGAGCCUCCCGGGCUGGGGGCAGCAGGACCCAAAAGAGGUGCUGGUGCACGUGAACGUAGGAGGGCUGAAGAGGAGCCUUUGCUCCAGCACCCUGAGAAACUUUCCAGAAACCAGACUGGGGAAGCUGCUGAGCUGUGACACAGAGGAGGCCAUCCUACAGGUGUGUGAUGACUACGACGUGCAGCAGAAGGAGUUUUAUUUUGACAGGAAUCCCGGUCUCUUUCCUUACCUUCUUCACUUCUAUCAGACGGGAAAACUACACAUCAUGGAGGACCUGUGCGUCUUCUCCUUCAGCCAGGAGAUAGAAUACUGGGGCAUCAAUGAGUUCUUCCUGGACAGUUGCUGUAGUUACCGUUUCCAUGACCGCAAGCUAGAGAGCAGCCGCCAUCGCAGCUGGGACGAUGAGAGCGACGUCAGCAGUGUGGACACUUCCGUGGACGAGAUCUCAGAUCUAAACAGGGACAUGCUGCGUUUCCAGGAAGUGCCCUAUGGCAAUGCAAGGCGGUGUCUCUGGCUGACCCUGGAGAACCCUGGCUACUCCAUCCCCAGCAAGGUGUUCAGCCUGCUGUCCAUCAGCGUGGUGCUCACCUCCAUCGCUGCCACGUGCAUCCACAGCAUGCCAGAACACCAGAGCUUCGACGAAGAUGGGAAACUGAUGGAAGACCCCAUCAUGCAGAUUCUGGAGGUCUUCUGUACCUGCUGGUUCUCCUUUGAGGUGGUGACAAGGCUGCUGCUAGCUCCUAACCAGAGGAAGUUCUUCCACCAUCCUCUGAACAUCAUAGACUUGGUGUCUGUGGUCCCUGUCUACAUCACUGGGACCUUUGACCUCAUGCUGGGGGAAGCGUCAGAACGCGGAAUUCUGGGGGCACUCCUUCAGGUCUUUCGCUUGAUGCGAAUAUUUCGGGUGUUGAAGCUGGCCAGACACUCCACAGGCCUCCGAUCUCUGGGAGCCACGCUACAGCACAGCUACCGUGAGGUGGGCAUCCUGCUGCUGUACCUGGGGGUCGGGGUCUCUGUGUUCUCCGGCAUGGCCUACACCGCCGAGUAUGAAGAGGAUGUCGGUCUGGACACCAUCCCGGCGUGCUGGUGGUGGGGGACGGUCUCCAUGACGACGGUGGGCUACGGCGACGUGGUCCCGGUGACGGUGGCGGGGAAGCUGGCGGCCAGCGGCUGCAUUCUGGGCGGCACCCUGGUGGUGGCGCUGCCCAUCACCAUCAUCUUCAACAAGUUCUCCCACUUCUACCGCAAGCAGAAGGCUCUCGAGGCCUCGGUGCGCAACCACGACCCCCAGCAGGGGGUCCGCCGCGCCCAGGAGGGGCCGGAGCCGUCCUCAGACGGAGACAGCCGCUGUCUGGACGACGACGACGAGGAUGAGGAAGAGGAUUAUGAUGUGGACUUUGAGGAAGAUGGGGGCGUGGUUAACUACAGCUAUGUGGAGCAUCCUUCAUACACUGGGAGGACGGAGCGAUGCUGACUGGGAGGACUGGAGUGGACUGGGAGCACUGGUGUGGAC